AUGGACCUCGUGCCAGCCCCAGAACCGGCAAGCCUUGUGGAGAGAGUUGCCAAAAUGCACAUCGAAGGGAAAUCUCCGACUGGCAUGUUUGGAUUCCACGUGCCAACAGUGUGCGGCAAGUUCGUCCGGACGACAAAAUGGGAGAAGACCUGGACGGCGUGUUUUACCAAUCUGCUCAACGAUGUGAUCAAAUAUGACAACGAGACCAACGGUCAUUGGCCAGAGUUUGAUGCUGCCUGCAAGCAGGUAAUCGCUGUCGUUAUUCCAAGACUCCUAGGUGCUCUCCAGUCGGAUGGUCGAAAUAUCGAGCCAGUGUUGAUCCACGGUGAUUUGUGGGAACAGAAUGUUGGCAUCGACAUGCAAACUGGCGACACGAUCCUGUUCGACCCCGGGUGUUUUUAUGCCCAUAACGAGAUGGAGUUCGGCACCUGGAGAGCGUCUUGGGCCUGUCACUUCAAUUCUCCGAUAUACAUGCGAUUGUAUCAGCGCCAUAUCGAGCCGUCCGAGCCUGUAGAUGAGUGGGACGAUCGAAAUCGACUAUACAGUAUCCAUAUAUAUCUGAACGAUUCUGCAGGCCAUCCGGGUAGUAUUUCGAGAGCCACAGCUUACAACGACAUGUUGUACUUGUGCGAGAAGUACGCACCGCUGGAGGGCCUAGGCACGUACCGUCCAGAGAAUGACGUUAGCGUUACUGGCGCCUACAUCGAGCACGAGACCACGAAGUUGAGCCAUCUCCAUCAUGCCGUAAAGACUUGA